UUUUUUCUGAAGAUAAAAGGGGGAAAAGUAUGGAGGAUCCAAAUAAAGGGAAGGAAAAGGAAGAGAAAGGAAGAGACGAAAUUCGUUAUAGGGGAGUGAGGAGAAGGCCAUGGGGAAAAUAUGCAGCUGAAAUUCGAGACCCUACGAGGCAUGGCGCACGUUCAUGGCUAGGGACAUUUGAUACGGCGGAGGAGGCUGCUCGAGCCUAUGAUCGCGCCGCGUUUAACCUGAGAGGUCAUCUGGCUAUCUUGAACUUCCCCAAUGAGUACUAUUCUCAAGUGAUGGGAUCAUCAUCUCCUUAUCCUGCUUCAACCAUGUCAUCAUAUCUAUCUUCUUCUGUUAAUGCUGGUAACAUCUCCGAGAGAGGAAGUUCAUCAUCCAGUGGACAACAAAAGCAGGUUAUCGAAUUUGAGUACUUGGAUGACAAGGUCUUGGAGGAGCUUCUCGAAACUGAAGAGGAGAAGAAGAAAAGAAUGAAAGAUUGAAAAUUCUCAAUGUUUUCGAAAUGUUUUUGGUGUGGUUGAAUUUUCUUCUACGCCUCUCUCUUUCUUUCCCCCAUUUUCCAGCAAACUAGUGAACUGCAAGUAUGACUUUCCCUCCCUUUUUGGUUAUGAUAUAUGUAUUGAAUA